AUGGCCGAUGGUCCCUACCGGUUCCAGCAAGGAGCCGGUCAAUAUUACUAUAACCAUCAGCAACACCACCCAAGACACCUUCCCCAGCGCAACGGAUCGCCGGUCAACAGCGCAAGGAUAAACUUCAACACCAAUACACCUUCGCCCUCUAGGUCCCCUGGGCCCCAUUCGCCUGCACACAAUCCUUACAGCAUGUACAGCCAGAACCACCCGCAGCAAGGACAACAUGCUUACGGGAACGGCGGCCCAAGAGGUUACGGGAUGCAGAUGAACCUGCCCAAGCAGUUUCAGCAUCAGAACCACCAGCACCAUCAGAAUCACCAGCAUGCGCAACACCAGGACCACGCUGGACACACUGGAAGCUAUGGAAACCAUCAGCACACAAUGUCCAGUGGGGGACUGUCAAAUGCUACGCCACACUUUACCCCAAAUCACCUGCAGAACAACACACCGAGUAGUGUUCACAGUGGCCUUACAAAACCGCCAAAUGAGCACUGGGCGUUGCAACUUCAAAUGGCACAACACGCCCGGGAAAUGACCGCACCGCACUCUUACGCACGGAGCUCCCCUGGCGUCAGCAAGAACGUUACAGCGGGGUCAAUGGGUGGCCUGAUCAAGGAGAGUGACAAGGAAGAGCGGAAUCGUGCACCUGUCAGCGACGCAUCGGAGAACGGUCGGGAGAAGCAGCCGUGGACAGCCGUAGACAUGAGCGGACAGAACUUGAAAAUCCUGAGUCCACCUCUGUUCUCCGCUGCGUUCACGUUUACGACGAAGCUUUAUUUGAACAACAACAAACUCACGUAUAUCCCUCCGCUCAUUGGCCGACUAAGAAGUCUUGUCAGCCUCGACCUGUCUCUGAAUCAAUUGACAUUUCUUCCGCCGGAGAUUGGCAUGCUCGUCAAUCUAAGGGAAUUUCUGCUCUUUGACAACCAUCUUGAGACCCUUCCGUUUGAGCUUGGAUCGUUAUACCAGUUGGAUAUUCUAGGCAUUGAGGGCAACCCGUUGAAAGAUGACCUUAAAUCCCUGAUUGUGGAGUACGGCACAAGCGAACUGAUAAAGUAUCUUCGCGAGCAAGCACAAGUACCUGACCCACCUUCGGAACGCGACUGGAUUGUGCUUGACGAUACUCCUGUGCCACCGGAGGAUAAACUAAGUGUACUCAGCUACAACAUCCUUUGCGAUAAGUACGCUACCCAGGCGCAGUAUGGGUACACAUCGGCCAGCGCUUUAGCGUGGGAGCACCGAAGGGACGUCAUCCUCGAAGAGCUGCGCGCACGGGAUGCGGAUAUUUUGUGCCUUCAGGAAAUGGACAACGAGAGCUUCGACAACUUCUUCCGACCUUCACUCGCCCACAAUGACUACAAGGGGGUCUUCUGGCCAAAGUCGAGAGCACGAACGAUGGCGGAGAAAGAUGCGAGGCUAGUCGACGGCUGCGCAACGUUCUUCAAAACCAGCAAGUACAUCUUGCUGGACAAGCAGCUCGUCGAUUUCGCCAACACUGCUAUCAACCGCCCCGACAUGAAGGGUGAGCACGACAUCUUCAACCGAGUCAUGCCUCGAGAUCACAUCGCGGUGGUGGUCUUCCUCGAGAACCGUAUGACAGGUGUUCGAGUAAUAGUGGUCAACACGCACAUCUUUUGGGAUCCUGCAUACAACGACGUCAAAGUGGUCCAAGUCGCCAUCCUAAUGGAGCGCCUAACCAAGCUAGCCGAACACUACGCCAAGUGGCCACCCGCACAGGACAAAGACAAGGAGAUCUUCCGCUUCACCAACGGCGACGGGGAAGACGGCAGCGAAGCCGAAGAGCCGAUCGUGCAGAAGCCCGCGCCGUCGAUGGAGUACUCCAGCGGGGCGUCAAUACCACUCCUCAUAUGCGGCGACUUCAACUCGGCCCCCGGCUCCGGCGUCUACGAUCUCAUCGCCCACGGAUCCCUCGCAAACUCUCAUACCGAUCUGGCGAAGUGGAGAUACGGGAAUUUCACCCGCGACGGCAUGACGCAUCCCUUCAGCCUCAAGUCGAGCUACGCGGCCAUUGGAGAAUUGAGCUUUACGAACUACACGCCGAGCUUUACGGGAGUCAUCGAGUAUAUCUGGUACUCGACAAACGCGCUGCAGGUCUCGGGCCUGCUGGGCGACGUGGACAAGCAAUACCUGGAACGUGUGCCGGGCUUCCCGAACUACCAUUUCCCGAGUGAUCAUUUGGCGCUGCUGGCGGAGUUUGUGGUCAAGGGACGUAAAGAAAAGAAAAUCGUGGAGGCGGAUUUUGGACCGCAGCGGGAUCGGCGGACGUGA